AGCUAAGACCUCCAGUCCUCCUUGCUCUAAGCUCAAACGCUCUCCGCUCCCACGCUGUUAAUCAUUCUUCACACGCUUCUCUCUCUCUCUCUCUCUCUCUCUCUCUCUCUCUCUCUCUCUCUCUCUGACUGUGUGCGUCUGAGGAAAAAAAGCCCAUUCAAGAAUGAUGUUCACAGAGGGAUUGGAUGAGUCUGCAAUAAGCUGGAUCAAACAGGGUUGUGAUGUUAAGAAAUCUGAGAAUAGAUCGCCCUUAAGUGAAAAUUACCCACUCCCUAGGUCCCCAUUAGCGUACAGUGGGACACUACAUGGUUUGCCGCCCUUGAAAUUCUACUCGGGAUUCUUGGGAGCAUCUCCCACUACUGUAGCUUUAAGCCCGGACAGAUAUGAAGAUGAGUAUGAAGACUAUGACAGCGAGAGCGUGGGUUCUGGCCCAGAGGAGACUAGUUUGCAUCACUUGGACGAAGAGAUGCUUAAUUUGAAGUCCGAAAUAGAAUCAAAUGGAGAAUUGGGCAUUAGACCUAAUUUGAUCAAAGGGGUUUCAAAGGAGAAUCUUCGGAUCGAACUGCCCAGUAAUAGCCGGAGAUUUACUGAUGUUCAAUCUGUGUUUGGGGUUUCAAACAUUCUGCUAAGAGGGAAUACUCAACCCCGUAGUGCCUAUGCUACACCAGUAGGGAAGCUUUUUGAUGAGUUGGGAACCCCAAGUGCCCCUCCUGUUGUUGAUAUUGGAGGAGCACAACAAGCCGGCCACUCUGAAGUUGCAGAUUCAUCUAAUGGGAUGGCAGGAAUUGAAGAUGUUUUUGCUGGUGAAAUGGAAAACUCAAAUGAUAGUAGUAUAGAAGGAUACCAUACUCAUGCUGGAACUUUCAGUGGGCAAGAUAAAGCAAAUGCAGGAGAGAUGGAAUCAAAGGUGUGUUUACAGCAAGCAAACACAGUUGAAGGACAUUCACCUCAUUAUGACACCAGCAACCAAAAUGCAUGGCAAGUUCUCCUGGCUUAUGAUGCUUGUAUAAGGCUAUGCCUGAAUGCAUGGGCGAGAGGUUGUAUUGAAGCACCUGAUUUUUUGCGCGAUGAAUGCAAGCUGCUUAGAAGUGCCUUUGGACUGCAGAAAUUUUUGUUGCAACCACGGCAUCGUCAGUCAACGCAAAGAAACAAUAAUAAAUCCACAGAAGGUGCACUACCCGCAAAACUAAGAAAGGCAGUUGGAAAGAUUCGUGUAGAAGUGAAAAAGCUGAGAGUAUUACCACAGAGGAAGCUUAAGAGCACAAAUUCAUUUCGUGGAGCAAUUUACCUGCAAGUGGGUGCAGACUAUGUCCGGCAUGUUUCAUCAGUAGUGAAGAACAGAAUCAGCUCUCUUAAACUUCAUCCAAUUCUAUUCACAUCUGAAGAGUCACUUGCAUGCUUAAUUCACCUGAGAAGUUCAGCAGAAGAUACACAAAUUGAACCGUGUUCUUCUGUUUCCUUGAGGCCUGGAUCUGGGGACUACCAUGAUUUUUUUCCAGAGAACCAAGGUGAUGCUCUUUUGGUUGAAGUCCAGGAUUCUAAGAAAAAUGUCCUUGGUCUAGCUACAGUUCCAGUUGCAUCUAUGGUCGAUAACCUUCAUGAAAAGAUUCGGUGGUGGCCAGUUUAUCUUGAAGAUCAUGAGUGUGUUGGGAAAGUCCAGCUUUACAUUAAUAGUACAUUCACAAGUGAUGAGACGUCACAGUUAAAGAAUGGACCUGUUGUUGAGACUCUUGCAUAUGAUCUAUUGCUAGAGGCUGCAAUGCGUGCGGGACAGUUUUGUGCCAGAAACUUAGGGAUAGGUGAACACUGGAAAUGGUUACUGAGAGAAUUCUCAGAUUAUUAUGGAGUCUCAGAUUCAUAUACUAAACUGAGAUAUCUUUCGCAUGUAAUGGAUAUUGCCACUCCAACACAAGAUUGUUUGGAGCUUGUGCACAAGUUACUUCUUCCGGUCAUUAGGUCCAGAACUGAGAAAAGUUUAACUAGGCAAGAGAAAACCAUAUUGUUGGAUUGUGAAACACGUGUCGAGAGUCUCUUAGCGGAUGUGUUUCAGAACUACAAAACAUUAGAUGAAAGCUCUCCUACAGGGCUAGCAGACAUCUCAUCUCCUAUAGCAGACACUGCAGCACCAGCACUUGCCCCUGCAGUACAAAUCUACACACUUCUCCAUGAUGUUCUUGCCCAAGACUCUCAGACACUGCUUAAAAACUAUUUGCAGACAGCAGCUGCUAAAAGGUGUAGAAAACAUAUGGUAGAAACUGAUGAGUUUUUGUCGUUGAGCUCAGAAGGUUUGGUUAUGGAUUCAGUAACUAUCUCUACAGCUUAUGCUAAGGUAAAGACCCUUGUCAUCAACAUAAGCAAUGAAAUUCAAGCAGAUAUCAAAAUCCACAAAGAGAAUAUACUACCAAGUUCCAUCGACCUAUCAAGCAUCACAACUGCUGUCUACAGCACAGAGUUGUGCAAGAGACUUAAAGCUUUUCUUGCUGCUUGUCCUCCUUCAGGUCCCAUGCAACAUGUUAAUGAACUUUUGAUAGCAACUGCUGAUUUAGAAAGGAAUUUGGAGUUGUGGAAUAUUCGCAUGCUGCAAGGUGGUAUAGACUCACGAGGCCUGUACCAUGAUUAUAUAAUGGUUUGGGUGGAGGACCUGCAACUUAGUUUACUUGAACAUUGCAAGGCAGAGAAGGUGCCAUGGUCUGGAGUGAUUACAAAUUAUUCAACUUCACCAUUUGCUGAAGAACUCUUUGACAAGGUCAAACACAUGUUGCUUGAGUAUGAAGUAGUGAUUCAUCGGUGGCCUCAGUAUACACUGGUCUUGGAGGAUGCAGUUGCAAAUGUAGAGAGAGCAAUUAUAAAAGCACUGGAAAAACAGUAUAAUGAUAUAUUGACUCCCUUGAAGGGUAGUGUACAAAAAAGGCUUGGCAUGCAAGUUCAGAAAUUAGCGAGAAGACAGUCAACUGCUCUAUACUGCAUCCCAAGUCAGUUGGGAACUUUCUUGAAUACUUUGAAGAGAAUUCUUGAUGUUCUCCACUGUCAAGUUGAGGGAAUUCUCAAGCUUUGGGCAUCAUAUCUUCCGGAAAACGGAGAGAGGAAAACGACGUUUGGGGAGCAGCUAAAUGGAAUUAGUGUUAUGCUAAGGACAAAGUACAAGAACUAUUUGCAGGCAGUUGUGGUUAAGCUUGCAAGCAAUAUGCAAGCUAACAGGAGCACACGGUUGCAAAGGAUCCUAGAGGAGACUAAAGAAACGGACGGAGAGGCUGAAAUCCGUGAAAGAAUGCAAAUGUUAAGAACACAGCUCUCAGAUUCCAUAUGCAACUUGCAGGAGGUCUUUACCAGCCGAAUAUUCAUUGCAAUCUGUCGCGGAUUCUGGGACAAAAUGGGUCAGAUUGUGUUGAAAUUUUUGGAGGGAAGAAAAGAAAACAGAGUCUGGUAUAAUGGGGCAUAUCAUGCACUUGGGAUUUUGGACGACAUUUUUGCUUCACAGAUGCAGCGAUUGCAAGGAAAUACUCUGCAAGAGAAAGAUCUGGAGCCACCUCGCUCAAUAACUGAAGCUCGGUCUAUUCUUUGCAGAGACACAACUAAUGGACCAGAAUCAUCAAACUACUUGUACUUCUGAAUGUUCAUUGGGUUGGCAUGUUGGAUUUAAGCUCUCUUCCUAUAUCCCACAUUCUCUUGUGUUCUCCAUUUAUUAAUUUUUUUUUUGUAUGUAAAGUGUAAGAUGCCUCCUAUUCUUUUGUGCGUAUACAACUUUCAGCAAAUAAAGAAAAAAGUUUCGAGUUA